CUCUAUAGGCUACAUUUAGGAAAAUAAAAUCAUGAAAAACUAAUCAUUGUGGAUCAUUCUCUUAUAGCGGCUGAUAGUUGCGAUAUUACACAUUAGUGUGCCAAAUAACCACAAAAAUAGCAGUUUCUAAAAACCUGUUGUAAUAAAGAUGUGUUGUGUGACGUAGACACUACAUUUCCCACAAAGCUUUGCAUUCGUUCAACAAAUCGCUGGUCGCUACAAGAAGAGUAGAAAAUAUCGAAAAUGAGCAUUGUGCAAUGCAUAGAAUAAAAGCAUGCAAUUUGUGGGAAAUUAUAAUAGCUUUCUUAACAAGGGAAGACGCUUUGUACGCCGUUGCAUGGAUACAUUUAUGAAUCUUUUGUCCGUUUUUAUAAUCGGAUAGAUCCUGAAAAACAGGCGCUGCUGUUUAGUCGAAAUGUAGAAGACCAAAACGGGUCUUUAAUUCUAGGUUUACAAUCCGCUAUUUUCCAUUACACGUGAAGGUAGAAAUCAUUGAUCGGUUCAUAUGCCUAAUCGUUUUUCAGCUGAUUUUGUAUUUCGUUUUUGAAUAAUCGUAUUGAUAGUAGGCUAUAUUAUAUCUCGUGCAUUAUUAAUACACUGGUGAAUUUCCAUCUAUCUCAAACUGGGCCAUGUUUUAUUUGAAACUAGCUUUAAUCUCUGAGAUUAUUUCUCGUUUAUUGGAUGGACUCCGGUCGUAACCCAGGAUGGGGACUGUUGUUCAGCGGAGCGCUGCAACUGGACUCAAUCAGCUCCCGAGCAGGGUGGAGCGGGAAUGGGCCAAAAGUUCAUGGACCGACAGACAUGUGACGAGCACCAGGAUGACGACCCAAAAGAAGCCUUUGCAUCCCCAGAUGAUGAUCCCAAGUCUGGACAACACUCACAUUCCCACCCCGUCAGCAGACAAGAAGCAGCAGCAAAGAAGACAGAAGCACAAACCAAACAUUCCUUCAGUCAAACACAACAGCAACACCUCUGAACUCAGCACUCAGGGCCAGUUGGACCCUCCUUCAUUGCCCCUGUUAUCAGCUUUGGAUGGGAAGGAGAGGAGAGAGAGGAGCAGGAGGAGAGAGCAGCAGGAGAGAAGGGAGAGGAGAGAGCAGAGGGAGGCUCAGGUUGAGAAGGAGAGGAGGGAGGAUCAGGAGAGGAGGGAGGCUCAGAGCAGCCAUCACAGAGAACAGAAGCAGGCUGUCUCCAGGAGGAGUAGACAAGCUGUGUCCCUUCAUCACAGCCACAGCUCCCAGGUCCCGCCUGGAGGCGUACCUGUGGGCCAGAGGACAGCCCAGGAGUCUGGGGGGUUGGCUGGCCAGGGAAAGGGUUGUGUAGACGGGGGAGAGGUGGGUGUAGGGGGGAAAGAGAAGGAAGAAGGGGACAUAUACAGUGACAUAGACACAGACCUGUCUGAAUCAGAGAGGCUCCCUCUCCCCUCCUCCCCCUCCUCCCCCCAUAACCUCGACCUCCGUCCAGAGGUCAUCUUUCCCCGUGACUUCCAGCCUGAUCUCCCUGGACCACGAGGCCACGGCCCUGGUCAGUUCAGCUACCCAGAUUUCCUCCCUCCGCCCUUCAACUCCUGGAGCCUCCGGCAGCUGGCUGUGUUCUUCCACCCAGAGGGAAGACAUCCCCCCCGCUCCAGACCUGCAGGCAUGGCGCUGGACAGGUACCUGGAGCAGCUACUGCUGCUGGAGUGGCUCCGAAUUCAGACGGUUCAGGAGGAGAGUGGGAGUGUGUCCUCUGUUCCAACCAGUCGCUACUGUUCCCACCACGGUGCACCCUCCCUCCACGGGAGACUCAGCUCUCCCAAAUGCAUCCUCCAGUGCCAGAGAGCAUUCCCUGUUACUCUCCUCUCCUCCCUGUCUCCCUCUGCCCCGCUGUCUGGCUGUACACAAUACCACGCUCGCUACCCGCCCUGUACUGGGACCUGCCGCUCACACACCUCCCCCCGCCUCAACCCCCUCUCUGACCACCGGGGCCGCGUCUCUCUCCCCAAGAGGAGCUCCAGUGAGAGUCGGGUCCACUCUGCUGAGAAGGCUUGUUGUGGGAGCCCUGCCAUGGGGAUCGGCCACCUGAAACGGAUGCAGGCUUUUGGGAACAUCCGUAGCCCUGUAGCCGUUAGUCCUACCAGAAGGCAGAGGUCAUCAUCUGUAGUCGGGAAGCCCAGUUUUGGGUCGGGGACUGGGUCAGGGACUAGGACAGGGACUGGGACAGGGACUGGCCACAACCCUCACCCCAGCCCCAACCCUCUCCCCAACCAUCUCCCCAGCCACAACCCUCUCCCAGCCCCAACUCUCUCCCCAGCCCUCUUACUAGCCCCAACCCUCGCCCCAGCCCUCUUACAAGCCCCAACCUCUCCCCAGCCCUCUUACAAGCCCUUGCUCCAGCCGCAGACCAAGCCCAAGCCCCAGUCCCAGACCCAGACCCUGUCCAGUGCAGUCCCCUUGCCAGUCCCAGACCCGAUCCCAAACCCAGCCCUCUCCAUAGCUCUUUCCCAAGCCUCACACCCAGCCCUGAUCCAGUCCCUGACCCAGUCCCUGAUCCAGACCCAGUCCCUACCCCGACCAAGUCCCGUCCCCGACCCUGUCCCAGACCCUGUCCCCGACCCGUCCCUGUCCCAGUCCCUGUCCCAGUCCCUGUCCCCGACCCAGUCCCUGUCCCGUCCCUGUCCCAGUCCCUGA